AUGAAAAGCAACAGCAGCAAUAUUGAUGAAAUACCGAUUCUGAUAAAAACGGCAAAUAGUAUUACAAAUGAUCAUGUACACGUCACAGAACCAUUAAAUUACACGACAUACUUAGGUUUAGAUUCAUUAUUAUCUUCAUUACGAUGUCUUAGUCAUGUUGAUCGAUCUAAUGAAAGCAGUCUACCUGUACACGAUGAACAUUUUUUCAUUAUAAUUCAUCAAGCUUUUGAACUGUGGUUUAAAGAAAUCAUUUACGAAAUCGAUUCAAUUCGAGAUAUUUUCGGGAACAAUGAUGAUGUUGCAGCCUUUGUUUUUGACAUCAAUUUACGUUUGAAUCGAAUAGGAAAAGUUUGGAAAAUAUUAAUUGAUCAAUUACAAUUACUUGAAUCGAUGACACCAAUGGAAUUCCUCGAAUUUCGCGAUUUCGUUACACCACGAUGGCUUGAAAAAAUCUAUGAUGAAACAUCAUUUAACUUUUGCAAAGUGUAUGAAAAAGCUGUGGAAUCUAUGAUUGAUCAUGAUAAACAAGAAAAAAUUCAGAAUGGCAUCGAUGAACAGAUUACUGAAAAAGAGGCAGACAAGGCGAAAUUACAAUUUGAUGAAAUGAUUAACGAAGAAAAAUAUAACGCACUUGUGAAUAGUAAUCAACGUCGAAUUAGUCAUAAAGCUAUGUUAGCUGCGUUGAUGAUCGCACAUUAUUAUCAACAACCUUGUUUUCAACAGGUAUAUCAAAUAAUUAGUUUACUCAUGGAUAAUGAUACUUUGAUGACAAGUUGGCGACAUAGACAUAUUCUUUUGGUUCUUCGUCAGAUUGGUCGAAAACCAGGUACAGGAGGUACUAAUGGAUUCACCUAUCUCCAAGCAACACUUAAGUAA